AUGAACAAGUUGCUGUGCUGCGCGCUCGUGUUCCUAGACAUCUCCAUUAAAUGGACCACCCAGGAAACCUUUCCUCCAAAGUACCUUCAUUAUGACCCCGAGAGCUCUCGCCAGCUGAUGUGUGACAAAUGUCCACCCGGCACCUUCCUGAAACAGCCCUGCACGGGCAGGCGGAAGACCGUGUGCGCCCCCUGUCCCGACCACUACUACACGGACGCCUGGCACACCAGUGACGAGUGUCUGUACUGCAGCCCCGUGUGCAAGGAGCUGCAGUACGUCAAGCAGGAGUGCAGCCGCACCCACAACCGCGUGUGUGAAUGUGAGGAGGGGCGCUACCUGGAGCUGGAGUUCUGCUUGAAGCACAGGAGCUGCCCCCCUGGGUUUGGAGUGCUACACCCGGGAACCCCGGAGCGAAAUACAGUUUGCAAAAGAUGUCCAGAUGGGUUCUUCUCGAAUGAGACAUCAUCCAAAGAGCCCUGUAGAAAACACACGAAUUGCAGUGCAUUUGGGCUCCUUCUAACUCAGAAAGGAAAUGCAACGCAUGACAAUAUAUGUUCUGGUAGCAGCGAAUCAUUGACUCACAAAUGUGGAAUAGACAUGACCCUGUGUGAGGAGGCAUUCUUCAGGUUUGCUGUUCCUACAAAGCUUACCCCGAACUGGCUCAGUGUCCUGGUAGACAAUCUGCCUGGCACCAAAGUAAAUGCAGAGAGCGUAGAGAGGAUAAAACGGCGACACAACUCACGAGAACAGACUUUCCAGCUGCUGAAGUUAUGGAAGCAUCAAAACAAAGACCAAGAUAUGGUCAAGAAGAUCAUCCAAGAUAUCAACCUCUGUGAAAACACCGUGCGGAGGCACAUUGGACACAUGAACCUCACCUUUGAGCAGCUUUUAAAGUUGAUGGAAAGCUUGCCGGGGAAGAAAGUGACGACAGAAGACAUUGAGAAAACAGUGAAGACGUGCAAGUCAAGUGAGCAACUCCUGAAGCUGCUCAGCCUGUGGAGGAUAAAAAAUGGCGACCAGGACACGCGCAAGGGCCUGCUGCACGCCCUAAAGCACUUGAAGACGUACCACUUCCCCAAGACUGUCACGCAGAGUCUGAAGAAGACCAUCCGGUUCCUUCACAGCUUCACCAUGUACAGGUUAUAUCGGAAGCUAUUUUUAGGAAUGAUAGGAAAUCAGGUCCAUUCAUUAAAGAUAAGCUGCUUAUAA